AUGUACGUCGAGCCGGCGACUGUAGUCCACAUUCUGUCGAUUCUCGGAAGACUGACGUCGACUUGGCCUCCGGAUCCAAAAAUCUCCAGAGUAUCAAAGUUAGCAAGAGAAUUUUUAUGGAGCAUUUUCUUUUUGAACGUCAUCACGCUUCUUGUUCCGCUGAUGUUGGGCGCGUACUUCAAUAGGAAGGAAAUUAUUUCGAUGAUGAAGUCGCUGUCGGAAUUGACAGCCUUGGGCGACGUCUUUUUUAAUUUGCUGAUCUGCAAAAUCCAGCGGCAGCAAUUGCAUAUUUUGCUGACAGAAAUAUCAGACUACAUAAAAAUGUCAAAGGAAAACAAGAAGGUGAUUUUCCGAAAAUAUGUAAGCCGCUACUUUUCCUUUUGCGCUUUUGUGGGGCUCUCCUAUUUCCAAACGGCAAUUGCAUUUUCCUGCGGCCCGAUUUUUAUGAAGCAAAUUCUACCAGCAGACACUUGGUAUCCGUUUGACAUUAAACCUUUCUCGACCAGACACUACGUUAUUUACAUCCAGCAAAUUUUGGCAAUUUUGCAAACAGGGUUGGGAAUUACCGUGGAUUUUACGGUGGCGCUGUUGCUGAGCUACUCUUCGACAAGAUUAGAAAUUUUGUCACAAAAAUUAGAAGAGGUUUCUAGCAAUGAAGACCUCAAAAUUUGCAUUAUUGAACAUCAAAAUUGCAUACGGUUCGUAAAACAACUUUCGAAGCCAGUUAAAUACAUUAUUCUAAAAAGCAACGCAACAAUGGCAAUGGCGGUCAUUUUUGGCGCGAUUCCGCUCAUCUAUGCAAUACUGUCGCAAUUCAUUCUAAUGGUAGUCGGCGGAUGUUUGAGAUUGUAUAUUAGCGCUUGGCCAGCGGACGACUUGCGAGCGAUGAGCGAAAAAGUCGCCUGGUCGAUCUACAAAUCCGCGUGGAUCGGAAAAUCAAUGGAAAUGCAGAAAUCUACGUUGGCGAUGAUCCGUCGGGCCCAAAAACCUCUGGUAAUAUCUAUCGUCGGUGUUCUUCCAGCUCUCACUCUCCAAUUUUACGCAACAUUUCUGUCGAGUACUCUUUCGUACUUUAUGACUUUGCGCGCCGUACUCGGAGAAUAA